UGCAUCAGUCAAUACGAGUACUCGGAAACUCGGAAAUAGUUCUGCUUGCUGUUAGUAGUGCCUAAAGUGCUAAGUGGAAAAGAUACUUCCUCUUUGUAACUAUGGGUCUUAAAGAAGCAAAUAUAUAUUUCGACAACCAAUGGAAUACAUAUUACGCCGGUCAAACUGUAAAUGGCAGAAUAGAGUAUGUGUUCGACAGUCCCAAAAAAGUUCGAGGUAUCCAUGUUAAAAUUAAGGGAGAGGCACACACUGAGUGGUGUGAAAGUAAGGAGGAACAGAACUCUGAAGGGAAGACAGAAACCUCAGAUACUAUGCACACAGGCCAUGAGGAAUAUUUCCAAAUUUCCUACUAUUUACUUGGGAGCAAUUCAGGGAAUGAAAUAGAAAUUCCGUCAGGCAAACAAGUGUACAACUUCACUUGUACAUUACCUCCUGUCCUGCCAUCAUCCUUUGAGGGCCAGUAUGGAUACAUAAGAUACACAGUUAAGGUCACCCUAGACCGUCCAUGGAAAUUCGACCAAGAAACCAAAAUGGCUUUCACUGUCCUAAAUGCAUUUGACCUGAAUCUGAACCCCUCAUAUAAGGAACCAAUCCAUAUUCAACUAGAGAAGACAUUCUGUUGCUUCUGCUGUGCCUCUCCGCCUCUGUCUGUUGAUGUUCAAGCUCCGGUGUCAGGCUAUGUGCCUGGACAAGUGAUACCUAUAAGAAUUGACAUUGAAAACAAGAGUAAUGUGCAGCUUCAUCUUGUUAAAAUCUUCUUGAGAAAGGUGGUCACAUACAGAGCUACAUCGCCAACAAAUGCGCUUAAGAAAACUAAAGAUGUAGUACUAACUGUACAAGAAGGUCCGGCCCCUGCAGGUUCUACUAAAAACUGGAACUUGACUAUGGAAGUACCCCCAAUACCGCCGUCCGAUCUCGUCAACUGCAACAUCAUUGACCUGGACUACGAUUUCAAGGUGGAAUGCGUAGUAUCAGGCAUGCAUAUGAACAUGCACGAUAAAAAGUACAUCACUAUAGGUACCGUGCCGCUAGUCGGUAUGAUUGGGCAGGCCACUCCUUCAGCACCACUUCAAGACAAUGUUGGGAACGGUGACCCAGCACAGUACUCUCCGAGCCAGCCAGCUGUCCUACCCGUUGGACCAGCACAACCUAAUGCGCCGUCGGCUCCCGGUGGUGACGCCAAUCCCGGCGGUUGGGUGAUGCCUGGAGCGCCGCCAGUGCAACCACCAUACCAGACAUUGUACCCGGCACUUACAUCACCGGUUUACAAAGAAUCUCCGUACACAGCUCGUACGAUUCAAGACCGAGGCGAGUCUAACCAUUUAAUGAUAAGCGGUGGUAACUUCGCCCCAUUCUACCCUACCUACGCUGCCGUCCAGCCGCCGCCGCUACCUCAAUAAGCAAGAGCUUCGCAUUUCGAAACAUUUAUUUCAAUUUUAAGACACAUUUACAAUUAAUAUUUGUAUUUUUAGGUAUAAGCCAACUUACUGCCUUUUGGCAGUAUAUUUCAUGGAUACCUUAAGGUCUACGAUAUGUAUAAGCGAAGAAUAAUACCUAUAUUGAUGUAAGACUCAAGUUUUUAAUAAAAUCCAUAGUUUAUUAACAGUGGCGAAGUUGUCGAAUUACAUUGUGCAAUAUACGAAAUAUUGAAAUAAAUAUUUACAAUGUUGAAGUUGUAAACUAUAUUGAAAUAAAUAAGACUAGGAAACGUGUUUCAGAUUCUACUUGAGUCUUACGUGUGCAUGAAUUGCUUUUAAAAAAAUACUCAAAAAGAUUUAAGCACAAAUUAAAUUGAAAGCCCAGCUCAAGCUUAAAAUUGGUCGUCUACUGGACUUGCCUUGGUAACUUCCAAAUUUCUCUACACAUGCCUACUUGGUGCUUACUACAGAAGCUUGUAUAGUCAACUGCUAGUUCGUGACUGCAUAGUAGAGCAUCAGUCUUCCGAUGACAUUGACUGCUACCCAAAGCUUGAAAAAUAUGAUACUUUUGGAAUGCGUCUUGAAGCACAAACUAGAUUAGAUAGAUUUAGGUCCUUUUUACCAAGUAUUUUCUAAUUGGAAUGUUUGAUUUUAAACUGAAAUAACAGUUUAAGAUAAUUUUUUAGUCAUUUCUUUUUUUUUCAAAAUUAUAAGUCCACCUUAUUGGGUGAAAUGUUUAAACCUGAAUGAUAUUUUCUUUUUUUAGUGCUUCUAACAGAAGUAGUGUUUGGUUGAGCUCUGAAUUUUGUUGAUCUGGCCUAAAUAAAGCUUUAAUACUGUGCCAAUAGAAUCAUUAAAAUGACGUAAAACACUUUGUGCUAGAAUGAUAUAGGAGCAAUGUUCUUUUUUAUUUAUACAGUACAAAUGCACGGAUGUUCAAUGGUAUUUUAGUAAUCUCGUUUUACUUUCAAAGUUUAUCAAAGUAAAUGUUUACUUUAACAUAUAUUUAUAAAGAGCUUUUUAUGUUACUCUGUUGUCACUUGAAUCUAAUAUAAUAUGGUAAAUGAUAAGAGAUAUUGUGUGAUCAUUUUAUACAUGUAAUAUUGUUUAUACAAAUAAAACUGCUUUAUAAUUA